GUCCCAAAGUUAAGUCAUCCCUUCGCCUGGCUUCCCGGGUCUGAUGCCGCUGGAAUUGACACCCCGUUUAUCCACCGUCUGCGUCUUCCCUGCCACUGCGGCCCUGCCUGUCCGACCGGCCAACCGGAGACCUCACCCUGGCGGGCCUCGAGUCGAUACCGGCAGUGGAUUGAACGGGAGAAUGCAAUAACAAAUGCCAAUAAUGGUAGAGCCGAACUUCAACCCGGCUUGGUAGUGGCGACAGCAAUUCCCAUGAGAAACCAGCCUGCCAAAAGUUGCUUAGUGCUGGUUGGACCUGCUGUCGUCGACUGCUACGUAUUUUCCUCCACUGUGCAAACUACAUCCUCGAUAGAUGUCGGAGGUUAUAUUGCCUGUCGUCGGCUGUCAGUCAAGACGCCUUUUAAACAUCUGUAGUAGUACGGAAACCAGCGGCGUUCGUCUGACGUUUCAGAGCUUUUCCGUUGACUCUAGUGGUUCUUUCUACGCCCACCUCCAGCCUUGUACACCAGCUUCAAUGCACAGUUUCUUCUUCCAGCCAAGGGCCGGUUAGCUCCUGGAAUCCAGUGUACAACACAUAUUCUCGCAGCGCCCACGCACGAUCCUGGUCCCUGUCGCGUGCGCCUGAGCGCUUACUUGCUGGGCCCUGAUCCCAAUUCUUUCGACCUCAGCUAGCACCUGUGCUAUCAUCCGCCACCGCUCCUCCGGUCCUUGUCGCUGAACGUGAUUCGUUGCCAGGACACUAUUCCCUUGUGAGGGAGUGCCUCCGUGGAAGUGGCCAAGGCAAGGGAACUACUAAAGGGCUUGAAUUCCCCAUGUUUUGAAAGAAGACCAGCGUCUUUUAGGGCUGCUCAGCGCGGAAAGGCUUGUUGUCUUCUGCUUUUACCUGUUCUUUGCUAUCGCCAUGGAGACGGUUUUCAUCACUAUUCAUGAUUUGUCUUUGGAUGCGCGUAUCAGGUACUGUUCGGAUUCAAUUGAGGACAUUCUGGGCUAUCUCCCGCAUGAAGUCACAGGCAAAUCAUGCUGGGAGUAUUUUCACCCAGAUGAGAUCCCCUUUGGGCGGUCCAUUCAUGGCCGCGGGGUCAGUCUUGACAAGGCGGCUGUUAUGAACUACUGCCGAAUCAAGCACAAGGACGGCUCCUGGGUGGCUUGUGAAUGUGUCUUUACAGUUGUCUACGAUGUUUUGGUGGCUAGUACUGCUGUUUAUCGCCAAGGACCCAAGGCAAGACAGAGGGCUCUUGAUGGAGCUGGUAUCCGUCGGAUCUUCUCUUCGUCUCCCCGGGACCCGAGGUACCACAUGUUGUCCUUCCUGUCCAACAAGUUCUAUCAAGAACCGCCUGCCCACAUUCCGGAGCCAAGGGCUGCACUGUUCCUCAACCGCUUCACGCGUACUUGCACUGUCAUGUACGCCACCGACGGGUUGACCUCCAUUCUUGGCAUUCAGCCAUCUGAACUCAUUGGCAAGAGCUUCUACUAUUGCAUUGAAGAAAACUGCCUUCAGGAUGCCAUCAAAUGCCUCGAGAGCGCAAAGGCUAACGACUCCAUUGCUUACCUGAGGUUUCGAUACCGCAACCCAAUGCAGGAUAUGGACCGGGCCCAUGCUGAAUCAGUGCGUGCUCUGGAAGACAGUGAUGAAGAUGAGGAUGGCGGCGUGCCCUUGACAACCGGUGCGUCCGUCUCUAGCGUGUCAAUGUCGGAUGCUUCCACACCACAUGCGGCAGGUGACACUGCUCCUGGAACCAACGCUCAUGGGACCACGCCUUUCCAUGAGGAAGCUACAUUGCCCGGCCAAGGCACAAGACGAACGCCUCCUGCACAUCAAGCUCUUCCACAAGAUCCUCAGCCUACAGAAUCUGGAGCCGCUCAGGCAUCCAGCAACGCCGUCAGCGAAAGUGCCUCUUCUGGCACUGGAACCGACCCCGAGGCUAGCGCCCAUGAUGGUGUCGAGGGUGUUUUUGACCGUUCAGGUUCGGGAACUUCCACCUCGUCUCGCACACUGAACGAAGACAUUCAGCCAGAACCGCUAGAGCUGGAAGCCGUCGUGUCUUGCUCAUCGGACGGCCUGGUUGUCGUGCUCCGCCGCGCGGGACCACUUGUGCCUCCUACUCUGGGUGCGACCGAGGCGCCCUAUUAUUCCAAUGGGCUCUUCGCCUCGCCUUGGGCUCCAGAACCAGUCCUACCUGCCAACGAGCCUCUCGGUGCCGUUGCUGCUCCUGCACAGCUGCCCACUGUGACGGACAACGCGCAAUCUGGGUUCAUGGCGGCGAUUCGAGAUGUUGCCGUCUUCGCCUGGUCGCUGACUGGAAUCAAUGGCUCACUUGCCCAGUAUGCUCGGGGCCAUGCCGCUGGCGAGGCGGUGCCACCAGAACUACCUGUCUGGGACCCGAAUGCGAAGACAGAUCCAGAGUCUGACAACGCGAUCAAUGGCUUUCUAUGCAGUGCCCACCGUCCUUUCGACUCUGUGGCCAAAUCAAGCCCGAAGAAACACGACGAGUUGAGCAGCAGUGACGACGAAGUCGUCUGGAAGCGAGUUCCAACGAUGCCACCAUGGCGGCGCCCCAAAAGACGAGGCGAUGAUGCGUUCGGUACCGACGGGUUCGACGGCGUCGAUGGGGAGAACAGAGAUGGCGGGCGGAAGAGAACAACCAAGUCGCAGAGUGGCUCCGGGUCGAGGGGAGGAGAAUCUGGCUCAGGUCCCGGUUCAAGCUCUGACUCCAAGGCCGGGUCUGCAGUGGACUCAGCCUGAUUCGUUCGCACGAUUAUGACCUUUAUGAUUACAUGCCUUUACAAAUGUGUGGGGAGGAGAAAAGCACCUCGUCAGAUUGUUUCUCGGCGUGGUGAGCGGCUACUGCGGUUCUUGUUUGAUUGGAUACUCUCCUUUACUCUCCUUGUUUUCUGGGAACACUUCCACGAGAACCAGAGGUUCACAGGACUCAACCCUCCUUAAUCAUUGUGGAGGCUGGAAAGUGAUGAGCCGAAUAGUCUCUAUACACACCUUUGAUCAAUAUUUCGUAUGUAACUAAUGACUUCGAUAUCUUUUGGUGAUCAGCAGUAAUUAAAAUGUACCUCUUCAUCGGACGCAAAUACUCCGAACCGAG